UUUAAUUAAAAACGCCACUAUUAGAAAGCAAAUUGUGGCAUUUUUUUACAGUAAAUGCCAUUAUUUUGAGGAAAUUACACGGCUAAAAUUUUUCCCCCAAAAUUAAAUCCCUUUUUUGCUUCUUUAUGAUUUCCUUUCUUUUCCUAGGCUUUUUUUUUCCUUGCAAACCUAAGCCAUUCCUUUUAGCAGAGCAGUUGAAAAAAUAUUAGAUUUGAUCUAAGCAUGAUUAGGCAUUCGUUUUGUUUUUCUCAUCAACGUCUAAUCUCACAUUUUCAAGGAUUUUUUGUCGGAGGAAAUCCGAGUUCAUAUUCAAGAAAUGGGAUAUCUCUUUGGACAAUACAGACAUCUAGCUAGUCAUUUUCAGGAAGUUUUACAAGGCCAAGGAUAUUUUGGUCAGGUUCUAGCCUUCAAACUGAAGCAACUGCUUAUAGGCUGUUUUGGAAAGAUUGCAAUGCAUGUUUUGGAAAAGCUUGUUGCUAUUGGUGCUAUUCCCAUUACAGUAUCAGGCUCAAAUAUGCCUUGCACUCCUGAAGCAGUUGAUGUGUUGAACAAGGCUAAUGGUCUCUUUGCUUCUGCCAUGGCUGUUUGUUCCAAAGGGGUGCAAUCUUCACUUUAUCCUUCUUCUUGAUGAAAUUAAUUUUCAUUAGCAUAAAUAGUUUAAUAAUUUCAUCUACUUUACUCGAAUUCAGAAUAGGCUUGAUUUUCUUUAUGAACAAAAGGAAUGUUCAUGAAAUCAAUUUAGUAAUGAUAUAAGAGCAAUAUGCGAAUCUAGAUUUCAAUGAUUAAAACCUCAAUUGUUAUAAGGUUAACUAUAUGCAUCUUUCAAAAGCAUAAUAUGUUCUUGUCUGAUUCUUUAUAUUCUGCUGUACUCAUAUUGCAAAUUGAAAAUUUUGCUUAUUUGGUUUUACUAUUGUGAAUUUGUCAAUUUAGGUGGCAUCAAGUUUAGAGUCCACGGGUUUUCACAAAUUAACUAAAGAUAUGAUUAUGCUAUUCCAUGUUUUGGGAAACAUGCAAGUUGAUAAAGUGAUUUCAUAUAGAUUAGUGUAGUUCACGAAGUUUUAUAUGAAUAUAUUAGUUAAGAGUCAAGCGAAUGUAUGUUAAUUCUAAAUGUAUGUAAAGUGAGAUCUUGUAUAUCUUCCUUGUAUUUUAUCUUGCAUUUAUAGAUUUUGUGGUAUAGCUUCUUUCCUUUUUAUAGCUUAUCUAAUGACAUUUUUCA